AAGUCGUAUUUUUGUAGUUGAAGGAUCAUUCUCUGUAGCCUUGGCAGGGAAGCCGCAUGUGGUUUCCUCAUGAUUGACUCAAGGGGCUUGUGGUCGGAUUCCACAAUGAGUUGUCAUCCAUAUAUGUACUGAUGGAAACGUCUACAUCAGAACAGAAUGGCGUAGAGCUCCUUUUCGAUUUGAGCGUAGUUGAUUUCCGUCUGUGAGAGAUUUGGAAACGUAGCCGAUGGGCUUUCCUUCUUGCAGUAGCACUGCACCUAGUCUGUAGUAAAACGCCAAAUGGAUCUACCUCCUGGUCCUCUUCCCCUGUCUUACUCACCAAGGGUAGAGACAGAGAUGACCUCGCCUACUGAAAUACCGGAUUGGGCAAAGCCACCAGAAGACGACUCAAGCCAACCAACUACUGAACCCGACUGGUGUCAGGAAGAAUCACCCUCUGCCUCAAGUGACACCUCUGAAUGGGAACAGCUGAUAGACUCAUUGCUGAUAGAGUGAGGGCACUGUCAUAAACAGAGGCCCAUAUGCGCACUGUAAGAAAAGUGUUUCCUCAUUGUUGCUAGAGUAAUGGGCUCUGUCAUAACCAGAGGCCCAUAUAUGCACUGUAAGAAAAGUAUUUCCUGUUGUAAGAUAUGUCAUCACCCUCUCUGCUCUGAGGGAAUGGGAGGAGCAGCAGAUCGGGUGCAGAGAAUCAAAAGGUAUAUAAAGAGACAUUUGCCAUUACUUUGGCGCUGACUUCUUAAAUUCAUUUAGACAACCAUUUGACUUCGGGUAAUUUGCCACCUGACUCAAAUCACUUGUAGAUUCUAAUUUGCUGGAACUUGGGCUCUUGCCGUUUAGCUAUUGGACAGUAGUUUUGUCGUCAGAGUGCCUUUCGCCUGGCAGAAUCAGGAUGCAAAAUAUCUUAAUUGAUUGAGCUCCUCAUCCCGGCUAGGUAUUUCUCGCCACAGACACUGCGGUAGCUCAGCAGAGAACCUCUGAUCUCUCCAGUCUAACUUGAAUCUCUAAAUUUAGUAAACCACCGACUUCAAGUCAACCUCUCAGCCAGUAGAGGGGAGUCGCUACCAACUAAAUUCAAAAAGAACUCAAAAAGACCGAUUGAAACUCUGCUCCUGAUCUCGUGGGUCUCCUCAUCAUCUCUCAAAGUUUUAAUUUCCAAGGCAAUUGGGUGUUGGAUCUAAUUUAUUUUCAACUGGAGGGACAGAUCCAGUUGUAAUGGCAGAAAACAAUUUCCCUCCCCUGCCUCGCUUCAUCCCUCUGAGGCCAUGUUUCUAUCAGGAUUUUAACGAGAUCCCAGAUGUACACCGUUCCAUGUGCAAGAAGUUGUACUACCUAUGGAUCUUUAACAGUGCCACCUUGGCGGUCAAUCUGAUUGGCUGCCUGGCAUGGAUGUGCGGCGGGGGUGGAGCCACUAACUUUGGCAUGGCCAUUCUGUGGCUCAUCCUGUUCACCCCCUGUUCCUACGUGUGCUGGUUCAGACCCAUCUACAAGGCCUUCAAGACUGACAGUUCGUUCAACUUCAUGGCGUUCUUCUUCGUGUUCAUGGCCCAGGUGGUGAUCAGCAUCAUUCAGUGUAUAGGCAUCCCAGGCUGGGGCGUCUGUGGCUGGCUGGCUACCAUCACCUUCUUCAGCACCAAUAUAGGCUCUGCUGUUGUCAUGCUGAUCCCCACCAUCAUGUUCACUGCCAUGGCUGUCCUCUCCUUCACCGGGCUCACCAAGGUGCACAACAUGUACCGUGGCACUGGGGGCAGUAUGAGUAAAGCCCAGGAGGAGUGGACCACCGGGGCCUGGAAGAACCCUCACGUCCAGCAGGCAGCGCAGCAGGCCGCUGUAGGGGUGGCGCAGGGAGCCAUGCAGCAGCAACAACCCCAGUACUCACAGGCACCCACCUAUAACUACGACGACCCGGGCAUGUAGGGCAGGGUGGAGGAGAGUGUCAGGG